AGGUCUGGGGGAGGGUCCUGCUGGCUCUGGUGUCUGCGUGUCACCAGGACGUCCUUUUCUCUCUCUGGGUCUGUCCCCGUGGCUGCAGCCCAGCCAGGAGGGAGGGCAUGGCCCCAAGGCCUCGGAGCCCCCUCGGCUUCCGCACAGCCCAGUUGUGCCGUUUCGGUAACGGUGGGCUCCGGCCAGGCUUGCUCUGCCCGGGGGAGCAGACUCUUCCCAAGGCCCCUGGCCUGCCUCCCGGGGAUCGCCCCUGGGGCCGGGCCUGGGGACGCCCGCACGUCGGGGACCGGCCUCUCCCGGCCCCUGCCCGGCUCUCACCUCGCCGCUCCGCUCCAUCCGCCAACCGCGCCCGGCGCCGUCCCGCUGGAGUUCAACUGCCAGGCCCCUCGUGCACAGACGAAGGUGUGGCUGUGGUGCCUCAGGCCCCCUGGUCUCCUUGGGAAUGAAAGUCACUGCCGUUCUCAUCAUCUUCAUCUCCUGCUUGGCGGCCCCCACCCACAGCAGCUUCUGGCAGUUUCAGAGGAUGGUCAAACACGUCACAGGGCGGAGCGCCUUCUUCUCCUAUUACGGAUACGGCUGCUACUGUGGGCUUGGGGGCAAAGGGAUCCCUGUGGACGACACUGACAGAUGCUGCCGGGCGCACGACUGCUGCUACGAGAAGCUGAAGGAGCUCGGCUGCCAGCCUGUGCUGAACGGCUACCAGUUCCACAUGGUCAACGGGACAGUGGUCUGCGGAUGCGCCCUCGGUCCAGGUGUCAGCUGCCUCUGCGGACUGAAGGCCUGCGAGUGUGACAAGCGCUCUGUGCACUGCUUCAGAGAGAGCCUGCCCACCUACAAGAAAAACUUCAAGCAGUUCUCCGGCCGGCCCCGGUGUGGCAGGCGUAAACCCCGCUGCUAGGGAGGCCGCAGAGUCUCCCUCGUCAUUCUGCACCUGCUCUGGUGUCACACCUCCAGGAAGCCUUCCCAGACCACCCCCGGCAGACUCCAGUUCUUCCCCAGGAGGGUGAACGAAAGGUCCCCCCCGAGGGCAGCUCGCCCUUCAGCAUUCUGGCUUUGGGGACUCCUUGUCAUUGGGCAUCUGAGAACAGGAGAACAGAAGUGGGAAGAAGGAGCUUCAUUCUAGGGCAGGAGGGGGGCUGCAAACAUAUGUGUGUGUAUAAAUACAUAGAUAAGUGACACAUUCAGACAGUAGUAAGUGCUAUAAAGCGAUAGAACAAAGGGACAGGGUAGAGAGAACUCACAGCCCCCAUCCCAGGAAGUUUCCAGGAGGGGAGAGGCCCUGGGUUCUACCCCAAACUCUCCCUCCACCCCCACCCCAAAUCAGGAUGCAGGGCAGACCUGGGGACCAGGCCCACACUCAGCCCUAGCUGGGAACAAAGGCCCCAGAAAACAAGGUCUUGGCACCCACGACAAGGACCCGAGGGGCACAGCUGACGUGUGCUUCUCAUUUGCUCCAGUUCUGCCCUCGGGUGGGAACGAACUGGUGCCAUUUUCACGUCUCAGGAGGCAGAGCGCUAUGGAACAUUAGCACCCUGCCACUGCUGUGUGAAUGUCACAGCCAGGAGGAUGUCAGAGAAGUGGAGGAAGAGGGCAUGGGCGAGGGAAUCAGAGGCAUCCAAGAUUUCCACCCAAAUUUAGCAGCCUCUGGUUCUAUCAGAUUUGAAUUCUGAUAAAUAUUAAAGUGAUCUAAUUGGGUGGAUCCUGAUGGUCACAUGCCCAGCUGGCACGGCAGAUUGCGGAAAUGGCCACCCUCAUUCUCACCUCCUGUGUCCGCACCUCUUAGGACAAGAGGCUCAGCUUUUCCCACCAAGAGGGACAGUCUGUUUCCCCAGCCCUGGAACCUGACCUGGCCUUGUGACUGACUUUGGUUGAUGGAACACAGUGGAAGCGGUGGUCUACCGGUUCCGAGCCUAGGCCUCAAGAGGUCUAGGGCACUUCUACUCUCUCUCCGGACACCUGCCUCCACCGUGAGAAAAGGGCUCACCUGCUGGAGGAUGAGUGCCCACCUGGAUCGGAGUCAGCCACUCGGCUGUCUCAGCUCAGGCCUCAGACUCGUGAGCGAGCUUGGGGGGAUCCGCCCAUAGCUGACCACAGACACGUGGGGGAGCCUCGCUGAGCCCAAAACACCUGCCCAGCUGAGCCCAAAACACCUGCCCGGCUGAGCCUGGGCUAAACUGCCAACACGCAGAACUGCAAGCUAAGUAAAGGCUACUGUUUUAAGUC